UACCGGUAUCUACUCGUGAUUUACUUGGUUUGUGUUUUGCUUGCUGACACAGGAAAUCAUUCGUGACUUGAGUUCCACGACCUAAGAGAAUCAUACCGGUACCGGUAGGAGGAAAAACUAUCUUAGUAACAACAAACAGAACAUCCACAGGCAUCCUGAUGUGCUGUUGUUGCUGCCAAAGCCAAGAACACCAAAGCGAUAGGGSGCGCAACCCACAUCAUUCCUAGUAUGAAGUACAAGUCCACCCGAGACCCUACAAAACUUUACACCUUCGAAGAAGCCCUCUUCUCUGGUUAUGCUCCUGAUGGCGGUCUCUUCGUUCCCGAGGAACUGCCCUCCGAAAUACUGUUUCCACCAACAACGACAAAGAAUUCCGUGCUUUCCGACCAAUGGCCAGGCCUUGGCUACCUCGACCUGGCAACCGAGGUUCUACACCCCUUUCUCGGCACCGAGACCAUUGCCARGAAUGAAUUGAAAGCCCUGCUGCGGGAUGCCCUGGCUGGAUUCGAUACGAACGACAAGAAUCUGGUUCCCGUCGUGCCCCUCGUUUCGAAACAWACCAACACCGCCACCAACAAAGGUGGCGACAAGAAUGGSACCCUUUGCUACGUUGCCGAACUCUUCCACGGUCCAACAUAUUGUUUCAAGGUAUGUCUCAGAAAACAGCGGAGUAGGAGCAAAUAUAUGGUGCUGUGACACCUGUUUCGUUUAUCCAGCAGCGCUCACAUUUGUUCUGGUACCUGUUCCUCCUUUUAUGGUGGACGGCCGCUUCGCUAUUGCCGCUCCAGGAUCUGGGGAUGAGGGCAACCAUCAAUCUCUUGGAUUAUUUUGCCAACAAAYCCRCCCAGACCAAUGGGAYUGCAAGCAGCAACGCAGGCCGGACCAAAAAGGUGGUCCUAACGGCCGCCACCACGGGGGACACGGGGCCCGCGGCCGUUCGGGCCGUACAGGACCGAAACAGCCCAAGCCUCGGAAUCGUGGUGCACUAUCCUGAGGGUCAGAUCUCCGACUUUCAGCGCAAGCAGAUGACGACGGUGCAAUCGGACCGCGUCCGGAUUGUCUCCUUCGAGGGCGGUGGGGAUGACAUGGACCGUCCCAUCAAGCGCAUCAUGACGAGCAGCUGCGGYGGCGAUGAAAGGGACCCCGGUGUGGUGGUGUGCGGGGUGAAUUCCUACAACAUCGGGAGGCCCCUGAUGCAAAUGGUGCACUUCGUUUGGACCUACCUGCGGGUCRUAGAAUACAUCGAGAAAGAAACGGGGRAACCAAUCGACCACGGGACGUUCCGAUUGGACAUCGUUAUCCCCACUGGGGCUAUGGGCAAUCUUGCCGGGUGUGUGAGUCGAAUAUMAUUGUUGGCUUGAUCUAUCGAAACCGGACACACAAGAAAAAUGCAAAAUGCCAAUUAUCGCGUGCAUACAAUSCAAAAUACCGUCUUCUUACUUCGUUUUGUACCGAUAUCCUGGCCCGGGCGUUGGUUUCGCUUCAUCCGMCGUACGAAAACAACAGUAUAUGGCCAAAAAAUUGGGCAUUCCCUUUGGAAGGAUGUGCGCGGGCGUCAAUGUCAACGAUUUUACCGACCGCACGUUCCGCACGGGUCUUGUGAAACGGGCCGACACCAUGAAACCCUCUCUGAGUGAUGCAAUCAACAUCCAGCUCCCCUACAACCUCGAACGGCURCUUUUUUACGCGACGGGUGGGGACCACGAGCAGGUGAGAAAUUGGUACCAAAAGCUGGAAGGCGGCGACGCAAAAAGCCGGUGGUUUGAUCUAAGCGAAACAUCCCAGCGGUGGUGGAACCAGCUGCAAGCAGAAUUCAAGUCGGCCAGGGUGACCGACGACGAGCUCUGUGUCACCAUUCGCCGUGUGCUAGAGGACUAUGGAUAUUGGGCUGAUCCACACACGGGAGUCGCCUUUGCAGCCGCUGAAAAAUUGGGGUACAAUAACAGCCAAGUCAACAACAACAAUAAGAACACAGCCGUAGCGAUCAUGGCAACUGCUUCGCCCUGUAAAUUCCAGAAUGUGUUGACCGUUGCUCUGGGACCCCGGCAAUGGAACGAAUACGAAAGAGAACAUUUUCCGAUCUGGGAAAAGAUCUAGAUGGAAAACCAGAAAUACCACCAGUCAUGUAUGCUGCUGAGCUGGGGAAAACGCUGGAAGAAAACCAAAUAGUAUGGGAAGCGAAGACRAGAGAAUUGAUCGAUCAGCUUGGAAAAUAGACUCGGUGCAAUCUG